UGUGGCAAACGUCAGACGAUGUCUAGUGAUAGAAAAAUAAUUAAUUUCUCGACGUUUUGUGUUAAUAAUUAUGUGAAUGAUGAGAUGAAAGUGUAGAUAAAUGUUAUUUUAGUGUUCAAUAGUGAUUAUGGCGCAUAGUGGUGGUGUUUUGAGUUCGGAUAUAUCACGGAGGAACCCACAAGAUGAGUAUGAACUCAUUCAGAGAAUCGGAUCGGGAACCUACGGUGAUGUAUACAAGGCGAAAAGACUCAACGGCAAUGCCGAGCUUGCUGCCAUCAAGGUGAUCAAGUUGGAGCCCGGCGAUGACUUCGCCAUCAUCCAGCAGGAGAUCCUGAUGAUGAAAGACUGUAGGCAUCCCAACAUCGUCGCGUAUUAUGGCUCCUAUCUAAGAAGGGAUAAGCUAUGGAUCUCUAUGGAGUACUGUGGAGGUGGAAGCUUGCAGGAUAUUUACCACGUGACGGGACCUCUAACCGAACUGCAGAUCGCCUACAUGUGCCGGGAGACGCUAACUGGACUCUCUUAUCUACACAGCAUGGGAAAGAUGCAUCGCGACAUAAAAGGCGCGAACAUCCUUCUGACGGAGUGUGGGGAUGUGAAGCUAGCUGACUUCGGAGUCUCGGCCCAGAUCACGGCCACCAUCAACAAAAGGAAGUCUUUUAUUGGGACCCCGUAUUGGAUGGCUCCUGAGGUGGCUGCAGUGGAACGCAAGGGUGGUUACAACCAGCUCUGUGAUAUUUGGGCUUGUGGUAUCACUGCCAUUGAGUUAGCAGAGCUUCAGCCUCCGAUGUUCGAGCUGCACCCCAUGCGAGUACUUUUCCUCAUGUCCAAAUCGGGAUUCAAACCCCCCUCUCUCAAGGAGCGAGAGCGCUGGUCUGCCGUCUUCCACUCCUUCCUCAAAUUAGCUCUCACGAAGAAUCCCAAGAAACGACCCACAGCUGAUAAAUUGUUACAGCACGCAUUCUUCCAGCAGGAUAUGAGCAAACGAUUGGCCAUCGAACUUCUACACAAGUACUCCAACCCGCCCAGCCACUGUAACAACGAGCCCGACGAGGAUACUGCGAUGUCAAACAUGCCAGCGCGCAUAGCAUCCCGCCAUACUGGUCGCGGCGCUCGUCGUGUUCUAGGCGGAGAGCCAGCAAAACACGCGCGACCUCGUUCCCUCCUCACGGAUGCCCGCGACGUGCCCUCCCUGCACGACCUCCCUCCCCUGCACGACCUGCCGCCCCUGCACGACCCCGCCCACAUGCACGACCCCGCCCACCGACGCUCUGGACUCUACGAUGAUUCUCCAAUAGUGGAUCUUGAUGCUGAUGAUGAUCUAAGUGUCAAUUCCAUGCCGAAGGUCAUCAAUUUCAGUGCGGAAGUCAACAGGAGCUGUGAUGGGGAUACUGUUAAGAGGAAUGCAUACCACAGACAGUCUAGUGAAGAUUGGAGCGUAGCUUCACUAAUGACUUGUCCGAAACAUAAUCCGUUAACACAAGAUCUAGCCACCGACACAAUGCCAUCUAGCGAAAAGGCAACACUACCGUUAACAGCGGAAACCGCGAACAUGGCGCAGGGUGGCAACACCGCGCUAUCGAUGCACGACCAACACUUGUCCCAAUGUAUACAGUUAAAACAAAACUUUUUGAACAAUUCUACCGCGAAUAUUUAUCAAAAUCUCACGUCUUCUUAUCAGACUCCUAUAGGUGCUUCUAGGGUGUCCAUCGACGAUCCUCUGUGCAGGAAGAUAGGGGAGGAUAUUAUGUACGUGGAUCAACAGGAGAACGACCAUUUGGACUUGCAACGGAACGCUAACUGUGAAUGUGGGCUCUGUCCCAAACCGGAACCUAGGGACAACAACACGCUUAGCGACCUACAAAGAUCCGUGGCGAAAUGUUCGUGUGACGUAUGCAACUCCAACGGCGACAUACUAAGCUACUACCGAAACUGCUCCAACCAAAACACAGACUCCGGCAUAGUGUACUGCGAAAACUGUAAAAAACAAAAAAUAUCCGUGUCCAACUUCAGAGCUUUACAAAUCGCGAAUAGGUUAAGAAUAGCUGAAGAUGAUAAAUUACAAAACGGUUCGACAGACGACGAUUUGUGUAGGAAAAUCGACAUGAGCUUGAAUAUGGAGGAUAAAGUUUUUGAACAUAGAAAAAAGCAUAACAGACAUCAUUCGGAUUCGGUAACUGCUGGCAUAGAUCUUAAUCAAUUCUGUCAAUGUGAACUAGAAGUUAAAAGGAAAACGUCGUCUGUCGAUGAAAUUUUCAAAAUGGUGGACGAAAAUGGGCGGGACGUCAAAACGGAAGCCAUCGAUGAAGAGAAUAAGACUACUCAGAGACAAAGGAGUUUGUCUGACAGCCAGCGGGAUAAGGCAAAGGUCGAUAAUAAGGUGGCUGGUGAAAGUGGAACUCCCCCAGUGCCCCCGAGACGGGCGAGGUCACGACGGACACAUACACCGCCCCGCGCGGCCCCUAAUGGUCUGCCUCCUACGCCCAAAGUACACAUGGGAGCUUGCUUCUCAAAGGUGUUCAACGGAUGCCCGCUGAGGAUCAACUGUACAGCUUCCUGGAUACAUCCCGAUACGAGAGAUCAACACAUUCUAAUUGGUGCGGAAGAAGGCAUCUACACAUUGAACCUGAAUGAAUUGCACGAGACGGCGAUGGACCAGCUCUGUCCUCGACGGACAAUCUGGAUGCAUGUCAUCAAAGAUGUGCUCAUGUCGCUUUCAGGCAAGACCCCGUGCUUAUACAGGCACGAGCUACUAGCUCUCCUGUCCGGGGCCCGCGGCCGCAGCCUGCGGGUACUGCCGCCGCGUCUACUGCCGCGACGCUUCGCGCUCACCACGCGGGUACCUGACACCCGGGGCUGCAUGCGUUGCGCAGUGGCCCGCAACCCGUACAACGGGUACAAGUACCUGUGCGGGGCCACGCCCGCCGGACUCUUCCUCAUGCAGUGGUACGACCCGCUACGCAAGUUCAUGCUGCUCAAGAACAUAGAGUGCGUGCUGCCGUCCCCGCUGCUAGUGUUCGAGCUGAUCAUAACGCCGGACCUGGAGUACCCGCUACUCUGCGUCGGGGCCACCAGGAAGCCAUUGCGGCUCAAUCUGCUCAACAUUAACUCCGGAGCGUCGUGGUUCCACUCGGAGGAGCUGGAGUCGUGCGUGGGGGGCUCCAACACGGUCAUCCCGCGCCCCGAGCGGCUACACACGCUGCGCGCCGUGCAUCAGCUCAACAAGGAUUCCGUACUAGUAUGCCAUGAGAAUGUGGUAGACAUAAUCCCAGUGCUGCCCCCUAGCAUAGAGAGUCGCUGGAGGCCCGAGGAGGACAAACGGAGGCACAAACUCUUAUCCCGGAUACAAUUCGAUUUCAAUAUCGAUAGUAUAUUAUGCCUGGCGGACUCGGUGCUGGCGUUCCACCGUCACGGGGUGCAGGGUCGCUCGCUGCGGAACGCGGAGGUCACGCAGGAGAUCACCGACCACAGCCGCGCAUACAGGCUGCUGCCGCAUGAUAAGGUGGUAGUACUAGAAUCGCAUGUUCUUCAAAACAACACGCUUUCCGGCGAAGAUGGCAACGAUCUCUACAUACUAGCUGGCCAUGAAGCCUCCUACUAAGGUACAUCACUAGUAGCGCCACGGUACAGCGCUAUCCAGUGCCACUGUCCCAACACUAGCCGACUAAUUUGUCGAUAAAUAAGGCUGUUUUAUUUCCCACGAAAAAUGUCGAACGUCAAACAUAAUCUUUUGUUUCCCUGUAAAAUAUAAUUCUUAUGUUGCU